AUGAGUCUGCUACGGGCAUCGAAGCAUGUAGUGCACCGAACCAUAUGCUUGCGCAAUUCCUAUGUGGAGAUAUCUCGUUUUUGCAGAACACGCCAUCACGAGAUCACAGCGAAUCGCGUAGGAUCAUGUUCAACAUCUUCGGUUCGAGGUUUCCAGAGCCUACACACGCAGGAUAGUUUGGUACCAGACGAGAAACUCAAAAAGACACUCGAUGACUUCAAGGCGACCAUUCGAUCAUCCUCAUGGGAGAAGCUUGACAGCCCGUGGGAUAACAACAGUCUAGCCACUGGGGAGCCUGGUACAGACAUUGAGAUUUUUGGGUACAUAAGUACUCGGCGAGAUGUCAGUAAUAAGCUCUCGUUUACCAUGCUUCGCAACAAAAACCAAACAUCUUGCAUCCAGCUGGUCUCAUCUUCCAACAAUGCUGAAGGAGCACAAGCCGAUGCACAUGCCCGCCUCCGGUCAUUGAAGGAAUGGACUCCUGUCAUCGUAAGAGGUACACUCGCCAAUCGCCGACCAGCCAAGGAUGAUCAGUUUCUGGGCAUGAAGUUGAUCACUGCUCGAGAAAUCGCCGUGUCGCAUGUUGAGCCACUCAAUGAGAUUUCCAGCGAUAUCAUCAUCAAGAAUGACACCGUUUUUGGGCCAGAUCAGCGACAUCUGCAGCUUCGUACGGACUCAGAACUACGCUCCAACAUCAUACUGAGGGCCAAGGCCAUGGCUACGGCAAGACUGGGGUUAUCUGAAGUAGGAUGGAGAGAGAUAGAAACGCCUAUUCUCUUCAAGUCAACUCCCGAAGGCGCACGAGAGUUCCUUGUGCCAACACGUCAGAAAGGAUUGGCAUAUGCGCUACCACAAAGUCCUCAGCAAUAUAAGCAAAUUCUCAUGGCUUCGGGUUUUACAAAGUACUUCCAAUUCGCUCGAUGCUUUCGAGACGAAGAUCUCAGGGCGGAUAGACAACCUGAAUUUACUCAGCUCGACAUGGAGAUGUCUUUUGCUGAUGAAGAAGAUGUUAUGAGAGAGACAGAGACGCUAUUAAAGAGACUCUGGUCUAAUGUGAUUGACGUGAAGACUCCCGACACAUUCCCGCGAAUGACAUAUCACGACGCAAUGGCAUCUUACGGAUCCGAUAAACCAGACUUGCGGUACGAGUCCAAGAUACACACCAUCACUCAACACCUGCCAGCGGACCUGAUUGGCAAGAUUACCUCGCUCGAAGCCCCAGCCGUUGACGCGAUAAAGAUACCCAUAUCCGAGGACCCAAAGGUAACCCGCAAGUUCGUCGCUGAUUUCCUCGAUGGCCCAGACGGCAAGCCGUAUCUUGAAAACCCUGAUGGCCAGCCCGGCAUCUUCAUCGGCGACCUCUCCAAGCCAAUGCAGGGCCUUGGCCCGUUGGGCUACCAAUACGUAAUGGAAGGUCCUGAAGCACUCGCGGUGGAAAAUGGCGAUCUCCUCGUCCUUCAAGCACGUCCUAAUGCGCCGUUUUCGGGCGGCUCAACCAUGCUCGGGAACCUGCGUCUAGCCCUGCAUAAAGCAGCUAUAUCACAAGGCCUAAUGGACCCUCCUGCGAAGGAUAGUUUCCAAUUCCUCUGGAUAACAGACUUCCCCUUGUUCACUCCAUCAAGUGAUAGUGAGCCGGGUCAGGGCGGUACAGCAGGCUUCUCAUCGACGCACCACCCGUUCACUGCUCCCAAAACCCCUGCAGAUGUCGAUGUCCUCCUGGCGUCUCCGGCUUCCGCCACAGCAGCACACUACGACAUCGUUGUAAACGGCGUUGAGCUUGGUGGUGGCAGUCGCCGUAUUCACUCUGCGCCCAUGCAAGAGUUCAUCUUCCGCGACAUUCUCAAGAUGAAGCCCGAGCGCAUUGAGGAUUUCAGACACUUGCUCGAUGUGCUCAGGAGCGGGUGUCCGCCGCACGCGGGUAUUGCGCUGGGCUGGGACAGACUCAUGGCUGUCAUGUGUGGCAGAGAGAGCGUGAGAGACGUUAUUGCUUUCCCCAAGAGCGGCAAGGGUGAGGACCUGCUGGUCAAGAGUCCGAACCAGAUGACGCAGGAUCAGCUGGCGACAUACCAUUUGAAGGUAGAGUCGUAGGUUUGGCGAAAAACAGCGUGGGAUAUGUAUAUUAUUUAUAGGAUAAGAGAUCUCCCGACAUCAAAAUAUAAACGGCGUGGCUUCUGGUCUUACGAAACGAUCAAGCCACGUACAUGCCUUUCCUUCAUAUGACUUCUGCAUGCCUGGGCUUUCACCAGCUUCCCUAACUUUCCGUGUCAUUUUCUGCCCAGAGCAGUAUUAUCUUCCAAGAUACUUUCUCAGAUACUAUAUCCCAUACCCCUCAAUAUCGCCUUCCCCUCCUCCACAUCAUCCAAUUCCCAGAUCCUCAGCCCAAACGAUUCCAGAAAUUCCUUGAAGUGUCUGAACCCUGCAUGUUUGACUGCGGCGUUUAUGCUCGUAAUCCUGGAUGGAUCAAUAUCCGUGGACAUGUUGUUAAUAUUUUGUCCUGAAUGUUGCAAGGCUUAGAAGGGGC